CACUACUCACGGGCUCAUUAUAUGCACAGUGAUCAGAAUUCCUCACCUAUAUAGUAAUGCUUCGGAUGCCUUUAUGGAGCAUCAGUUAUACCAUUGAUGCUUUCUUAGAAGCUUCUUUCCACCUUCUCCAAAUUUGGCUCCCAUGGAUCUUGUAGUUUUCCUCCUUUUUGCAUCUCUGUUCUUUCAUCCAAUUUCACUCCUAGCUCAACCACCAAAUCCUGUCUCUCGGAUCACCGUAGUGGGUGUGGUUUACUGUGAUAUCUGCUCCAGCAACACUUUCUCUAGGCACAGCUACUUCAUGCCAGGUGCGGAUGUUCAAUUACAGUGCAAAUUCAGAGCAAACUCACCCAGAACCACGGAACAGAUCACAUUCUCAGUCAACAGAACCACAGAUAAACACGGAGUAUAUACGCUAGAAAUACCAACAAUCGAUGGGGUGAACUGCGUAGAAGGUCUGGCAGUAACAUCAUUGUGCCAGGCUAGCUUGAUAGGGAGCCCAUCUUCAGCCUGCAACGUCCCUGGUUUGAAGAUCUCGUCAAAUGUGAUAUCAGUCAAGUCUAAGCAAGAUAAUCUCUGCAUAUACAACUUGAAUGCACUGAGUUUCUGGCCAUCUAAGAAGAACACUACCUUAUGUGGAAAUCGGAAGGAAUUGCAGAACUCUUUGGACUCCUCAAAGUGCUUUCUUCCAUUUUUCCCACCAAGUGGAUUCCCUUGGCCCCCUUUACCUCAAUUUCCCUUCCCACCACUACCCCCCCUCCCUCCAUUGCCCUUUCCUCCACUACCACCUUUCUCCUCAUUGCCCUUCCCUCCACUUCCUCCUUUUCCAUCUUUUCCUUUCCCUCCAUUACCAUUUCCAAACCCACCAUCUUUGCCCUUUCCAUUCCCACGAUUCCCCCCUUUUCCACCUACUACAUCUCUUUUUUCCCCUCCGCCUCCACCUGCCUUUAAUCUAAGAGACCCAAGAACUUGGAUACCUCACAUCCCUACAUUCUCUCCACCUCCACCAAUAUUUAAUCUUGGGGACCCAAGAACUUGGAUACCAUAUGUCCCUCCAUCUUCUCCUACUAGCCCUCAAAACCAAAUUCCAUGAUUACAGUUUUACUUCUUUUUUUCGUCUAUGCCAAACAUAAUGUUUGAUUAUCAAUGUUGGAAGACAGAUGCAUAUAAAAAUUACAAUAUAUUUUGCAUAAUUAGAUCGUCAAAACAGAUACGAAUUUGUUCAUGUUA